UUCCUAUCUAUUAGACAGGAAUUUGGAAGCCCAUAGAUGUACAUGUGGAAUUUCCAUGUCCUUAUCUAUAUACCCAUUUAUGUCCUCAGGUGAUGCACCCAUGGAGGAGGCAACUCGGGGAAAAGUGUCCGAGAUUCCCCAAGUCCAAAUUCCCCUGGAAGACGCAUCCCGGACAGAAGUCUCCACGAUGCCCUCAGGUGAUGCACCCAUGGAGGAGGCAACUCAGGGAAAAGUGUCCGAGAUUCCCCAAGUCCAAAUUCCCCUGGAAGAGGCAUCCCAGGCAGAAGUCUCCACAAUGCCCUCAGGUGAUGCGCCCAUGGAGGAGGCAACUCAGGGCAAGGUGUUUGAGAUUCCCCCUGGAGAUGUGCCCCUAAAAGAGUCAAUUGAAAAAACAUUGCCAACACAGUGUCUGGCAAACAUUACUGUCCAGGACAUGCCUGUAGAUUUCAUGCAUGGAUUCCUCUCAGUUGAGUUAACUCCUGAGGAAAUGAAUGAACUGGUUGCGUCCAGUGUUGUGGUGUUAGCUGAGCUGGUACAAGAGACUGAACCGAGUCAGGAAGCUUAGUAAGUUUACUAGUAGUUCAGUGAACAAGGAAAUUUGUUUUCAAAAAAUGUUUAAACGUUUAAUGUUUUAGCUAAAUCAGGGCAAUUAUGGCUGGCAGCAUGUGUAAAAAUAAUUCUUUAAAAAACAAUCAGGUAGUGGAGACUGACAUUAACGUAUUUUGUAUUCAUUGAAUACGUUUCUUUUUAUUUGUUUUUUACAAAAAAACCCCAAAACAGCCAUGUUUGUUGAUUAAGAAAAACUGUUCAUAAAAACCACUGUUCAUUAAAAAAAAGUGUUGAAAAAAAGUGGUGAAUUUUAUUCUGUCUCUUCUGCACUUAAACUGUUAGAAAUAUGUGCCAUAGUUGUGAAUGUUGACUCCUCCAAAUUUACAUCUACGAGGUUCCAAAAUCAUGCUUAAGACAUGUAAAAACGGAAAUUUCCAUAUUUACAUCUAUGACCAUU